UAUAAUCUUGUAUGUCAUGUUAGAUGUACCAUCAGUUAUUGUUUUCUUAGGUGAACACAAGGUCAACUUCUCGAAUGGAAUUAAGAGCAAUAUGUGAAAAAGGUCUUCUGCUUGUAACUAUCACAAUUCCCGAAAUGGAGCACAUUCUUUGGCCAUUUCUGUUGACAAUGAUCAUUCCUCAGGCUUAUACUGGUGCAGUUGCCACUGUAUGCAUAUGCAUUGCAGAAUUAUGCAGACAUAGAUCUUAUAACAAUAAUAUAGUUGAUGACUGUAAAUCUCGCAGCGAUAUUCCAAAUCCUGAGGAGCUGUUUGCACGCUUAGUGGUUCUUCUGCACAAUCCUUUGGCAAGGGAGGAGCUGGCAACUCAGAUUUUGAAAGUCCUCAGUGACCCAGAAGAUCUCAAGUUGAAUCCUUCCUAUCAAGAGACCUGGGAUGACAUGAUAAUCAACGUAAGAGACCUUCCCGUGGAUGAAUCUGUACAAACACGAACAGAGGAUAUUCCUUUGAACGAAUUGAAAGCAUCGAAGAGCGUCCCGUCAGUGAUAUCGGGAUGCAAAUCCCCGACGUACAACGAAACCAUCGACGCCGUUAACGUCACCGCCGUUGGAACCGCCGUUGAUCCUUCUCCCGGAACUAUUACCUCAGCAAAGAUUCACUGA